CGGCCCAUAAACAGUGGCUUUCCAUCCCCCAUGCCCUCUCUUCGUUGAUAAGUUCUACUUUUGCGCGAAAGGAUGCCUGUUUUGGAUCUGGGCCGGUCGACUGAUUGAUUUCGACUGAAGCGUUUCUUGUUUGACGGAGGGGUCCCCGAAUUGGCUGUAUCUCAGCACAGACCGAAGCAAGCCGAGGGCGUCUGCGUAUGUACAACGAACCCGAAAGAUGAAGACGAUCCGGGCUCGUGGGGCCUUCUUGGGCGCGGGCCUCCUCCUCUCCUCGGCCCCGGUCGUCGCGGCCGCCGAGAGGUGUCCCGACUACUCUUCCUACGCACGCUCGCGCCACGAACCUUUCUCGAAGGGGAAGCAUGCCCUGUCCUACAUGCGCCCUGCGGCCGCAUGCCGCACCUUCAACUCGUCCACGGUCGAGACCGUGGUCGCCGACAUGGCCGAGAUCAUCUCGGACCCGGACUUGUACCGCCUCUUCGAGAACACCUUCCCCAACACUGUUGACACUGCCAUCCGCUGGCGGGGCCAUGCCGCCGACAACCCGGCCGAGGAACUCGCCUUCGUCAUCACGGGCGACAUCAACGCCAUGUGGCUGCGGGACAGCGCCAACCAACUGCAAUCGUACCUCUCCGUGCUCGAGCCGGACGCGGCCCCGGGCGAGCCGGACUCGAUCGCGAGCCUAUACCGCGGCGUCAUCAACCUCCAGGCCCGCUACAUCCUCACCGCCCCCUACUGCAACUCGUUCCAGCCGCCCCCCGAGAGCGGCAUCCCGCCGGCCCCCAACCCGGCCGCAUCGGACGACGCCGUAACCCCAUCCUACGAUCCGGCCAAAGUGUUCGAGUGCAAGUAUGAGCUCGACUCGUUGGCCUCCUUCCUGCAGCUGAGCGCCGCCUACUACGCGGCCACCCACGACGCCGCCUUCUUCGGCAAUGCCUCGACCUCCCCCAAUUGGCUGCCCGCCGUCCGCGCCGUCCUCGACGCAGCCAAGGCCAUGACAGACGGCACCUACGCCGACGACGGCUCCGUCCGCGUCCCCGCAUACACCUUCACCCGCCGCACCACCCGCGCCACCGAGACGCUGGCCAACGACGGCCUCGGCAGCCCCGCCCGCCGCACCGGCAUGGUACGCAGCGCCUUCCGCCCCAGCGACGACGCCACCCUGUUCCCCUUCCUCGUUCCCGCCAACAUGCUUUUCGCCCAGGCGCUGCUCGAUGCCAGCCUGAUCGCGGCCGCACUGGGGGGUAAGGAGGGCGGCGGCGGCAACAGCGACGCGGCCGCGCUGGCCGACGAGAUGGCGGCCUUUUCGCGCUCCAUCCGCGAGGCGGUGUCCAAGUACGGCAUCGUGCCCGUAUCCUCAACCGGGAACGGCACCGGCGAGGGGGGCGGGGUCGAGACCGUGUACGCGUACGAGGUGGACGGGUACGGGUCGGCGGCGUUCAUGGACGACGCCAACCUGCCGUCGCUGCUGGGCGCGCCCGUGUACGACUACCUGGCCCGGGGGGACAAGGUAUACCAGCGGACGCGCGCGAGGCUGCUGAGCCCGGAGGGGAACCCGUACUUCAUGACCGGGUCCGUUAUCAAUGCCAUCGGGGGCCCGCACGCCGGGCCCGGCAUGGCGUGGCCGAUGGCGAGCAUCGUGAGGAUCCUGACGUCCGACGACGACGACGAGAUCGUCAAGGUCCUGCGGGAGCUUCUGAGCUCGACGGACGGGCUGGGGCUGAUCCACGAGAGUAUCAACUCGAAUGACGCGAGCCAGUGGACGCGCGAGUGGUGAGUUACUCC